UGCGCUUGUAAAAAUCCAAUUUGUUGAAAAAAAAAACAAUAAAUUGAUAAAACCGCCGGUUGCUCUGUGUCAGCACAUUUCAUAUCUAGAAAGAGAGGGGUUCUGGAGUAAAGUACCAAAUAUAUAUACAGUAUUCAUCCAAUAAGGCAGCACCAAGUGCUACAAUAUGUCAUCCGAGGAGCUGGCGCCAAUUAACGAGCAGGACCUGAAGGACCUUAAGGAGCGCAUGAAACUGAUUGUCGAAGCGGAUCCCAAGCAGUACCACAAUGAUUUCUCACUGCGUCGCUAUCUGCGCGCCUUCAAGACAACAGAUGACGCAUUCCAAGCCAUACUGAAGACGAACAAGUGGCGUGAGACAUAUGGCGUGGAUAAGCUGGCCGAGAUGGACCGCAGCCAGCUAGAGAACAAGGCGCGUCUGCUGCGCCACCGCGACUGCAUCGGCCGUCCAGUUAUUUACAUCCCGGCCAAGAAUCAUGGCUCCUCCACCCGUGACAUUGAUGAGCUGACCCGCUUCAUUGUCUACAACCUGGAGGAGGCGUGCAAGAAGUGCUUCGAGGAGGUCACCGAUCGCCUAUGCAUCGUCUUCGAUCUCGCCGAGUUCAGCACUUCGUGCAUGGACUACCAGCUGGUGCAGAAUCUCAUCUGGCUGCUGGGCAAGCACUUUCCCGAGCGCCUUGGUGUCUGCUUGAUUAUCAAUUCGCCGGGCCUCUUCUCCACCGUUUGGCCGGCCAUACGCGUGCUGCUCGACGACAACACAGCCAAGAAGGUGAAGUUUGUCAGCGAUGAGGUGGAUCUAUGUCAAUACCUGAUACCCGACAUUCUACCCACGGACAUGUAAGCCGAUGGCCGGCCUUUUGUUUGAUUACAAUUUAGUCUUAGACAUAUCUCUAAAGAGAAACCAGUACCUAAAGGCGAGAGGUGAGCGAGAUGGAGAUGUAUGUGGAGAUGGAGAGGCUUUAACCCUGUGUACUCUAUGUGUAAAUCGAUGUGUUUAACAAAUGUUGAUUGUAUUUUAUUGCCUAACCUACUAGUACAAGCGACUAUUUUAGAUAAACGGUUUAUCUAUGCGCGUAUAUUUAUACUGUAUAUAUAGCAUGAGUAGUAUAUAUACCCCCAUGCACCCUGUAUUCGUAUCUGUACAUGUGUCGAUGUUAACAGAAAAAAUAAAGUUCUAAAACGAAAA